UGGAGUCAGGUCUGGGUGGAAAGAGGAGGAGGAGGUGAAAAGGGAAGUCCUCUGUCAGAGCCGCAGUUGCUUUAAAUCUCCACACCCUUUCCUCGGAAACAACAGGGCUAAGCUGUGUUGUGGCAACUACUACAAGUUAGGACAGUCCAAAUGGCGAUGAUCUCAGAGUUUCUGGGACAACUGUCCCUCACUGUUGGGUCCCAUGAGCCCAAAUACCCCACGGUUCUACCCGCUGUGGACUUUGACCCUGGCAAGGAUGCUGCAAGGAUAGAGACCGCUAUCAAAACAAAAGGUGUGGACGAGCAGACCAUCAUUGAUGUCCUAACAAAGCGGACCUACUCUCAGAGGAGGGACAUCGCGUUUGAAUAUGAAAGGAGAGCAAAAAAGGACAUGAUCUCAGCCCUGAAGGGGGCGCUGUCUGGCUCCCUGGAAUCUGUCAUCCUUGGCCUGAUGAAGAGCACAUGCCAGUAUGACGCCUCAGAGAUCAGGGGGUCUAUCAAGGGACUGGGUACCGAUGAAGAAACACUGAUUGAGAUUCUGUGCUCACGCAGCAACUCUGAGUUGCAGGAGAUCAAGCAGGUGUACCAGGAGUUGUUCAAGAAGGACCUGGAGAAAGACGUAGCAGGGGACACUUCUGGAAACUUUGCAAAGUUGCUGCUGGCACUGGUGCAGACCAAGCGAGAGGAACCGUCCUCAGUAGUAGACUAUGAAAAGAUUGAUCAAGACGCCAAAAGACUCUACGACGCCGGCGUGAAGGUGAAAGGAACCGACGUGGCCACCUGGAUCUCCAUCAUGACGGAGAGGAGCGUCCCACACCUGCAAAGAGUGUUUCAGCGCUACAAGAGCUACAGCCCCUACGACAUGCAGGAGAGCAUCAUGAAGGAAGUUAAAGGAGACUUGCAGAAGUCCUUCCUGGUUCUAGUGCAAAGCUUUGAAAACAAACAGCUGUACUUUGCCAACAGACUGCAUGAUGCCAUGAAGAGUAAAGGAGCCAAGGAGAAGGUGGUGACCAGGAUCAUCGUGUCGCGCUGUGAAGUGGACCUGAAGAAGAUCUGCACGGAAUACAAGGCCCACCAUGGCCAGUCUCUUCAAAAGACCAUCAUGGAACACACCAAAGGAGACUACCAGAAGGUUCUGCUGGGCCUCUGUGGACCAGAUGAGUAAAUUACUGAGGGUCAGCAUCACUUUCCACUGGUGGAGAUAACUGGACGUAGAAUGUUCAAACAACUAUAUGAAGGAUGUGGAUGUUGUAUUGCAGCAAAUGAGCAAUAAAGUGGCACACGCUCUUCUAACCUGUAGUUACCACUUGCACCCAACAGAGGGCAAUAUAGUAGCGUUGAAAAGAGGCCGGAUGAGUUUUAGUUGGGAAUUGUUUAGGAAAUGCGUUUAAAAAAAUAUUUUUAGGUUAUCAGAGCACAGAACGUAUAUGACAACUUUAAUGAAUGGCAACUAAAUUAGUAUUUAAUAAAGAGUGAACGCAUUAAACAAUUUGU